UCCCGGUGCAUUACUGGGAGAAGACGGUUGGUUCCCUGCGGUUAGAGUAGGUGUUUAAUCAUGGCGCUGGCAGCAGCUAGGCCGUUUUUGUCGGAAGGUGGUUAUGGAGAGCAGGAAAUGGACGCCAACUCUGCUCUGAUGGAGCUGGAUAAAGGACUGAGAUCAGGGAAACUUGGUGAGCAAUGUGAGGCAGUUGUUCGUUUCCCUAGGUUGUUUCAAAAGUACCCAUUUCCGAUUCUUAUAAACUCUGCUUUUUUGAAGCUUGCAGACAUCUUCAGAGUUGGAAACAACUUUCUGAGAAUGUGUGUGUUGAAAGUCACUCAGCAGAGUGAAAAGCACUUGGAGAAAAUCUUGAAUGUUGAUGAAUUUGUGAAGAGAGUCUUCUCAGUCAUCCACAGCAAUGAUCCAGUGGCCAGAGCCAUCACUCUCCGAAUGCUGGGAAGUAUGGCUUCGAUUAUUCCUGACCGAAAAAAUGCUCAUCACAGCAUUCGGCAAAGUCUAGAUUCACAUGAUAACAUUGAAGUAGAAGCUGCCAUUUUUGCUGCUGCCCAUUUUUCUGCACAAUCCAAAGAUUUUGCUGCAGGAAUUUGCAACAAGAUUGGUGAAAUGAUUGAAGGAUUAGCCACACCUGUGGAUCUGAAGUUGAAACUGAUCCCCAUUCUGCAGCAUAUGCAUCAUGAUGCUACCCUCGCUUCCAGCACUCGAAUCCUUCUGCAGAAAUUGGUAGCAUUAUACCCCUCUACCAAGAUGGUAAUAGUUACACUUCAUACUUGUACACAACUAGCUGCAUCUUCACUGGUUGAUAUUCCAAAGCAGAUUCAACUUUUGCUGCAAUAUUUGAAAGAAGACCCCAGAAAAGCUGUGAAAAGACUCGCUGUUCAGGAUCUGAAAUUGUUGGCUCAUAAAACGCCACACAUGUGGAGCAGAGAUAACAUUCAGUCACUUUGUGAAUGUGCCCUUCAGAGCCCUUAUGACAGCUUGAAAUUGGGUACACUCUCUGUUUUGUCUACGUUGUCUGGAACUAUAGCUGUGAAACAGUACUAUUACAGUUCACAAGGAAACACUACUGCUCCCGUGCAUCCUGAUGACCUGAUAAAACUUGUACAAGAGUGUUGUUACCAUAGCAACUGUGCAAUUGCAGCCCACAGUGUUACUGUUCUGACGAAUGUAGCUUCCUGCUUGGAGAAAGACCUUUUAUCUUUGGAACAAGAUGCAGUAUUUGCACUGGAGUCUCUCCUAGUUCUUUGUAGCCAGGAAAAUGGUGCAGGAGCACAGAACGCUUUAAAGACUGCAUUUACUUGCAUGGUAAAGCUGACACGUAGUCGCCCUCACCUGAGCCAGCCUGUGGUUGAAUCUCUGCUGACCCAACUACAUAAUGCACAGGACGCUGCUCGUAUUCCAAUGUGUCAUAGCCUUGCAGCUAUAGCAAUGCAGUUGCCUGUCUUGGGAGAAGGGAUGCUAGGAGAACUGAUGGAAUUGUAUAAAAUGAUUGGAUCUUCAUCGACAGACAAACAACAAGAACUUCUGGUAGCAUUGGCUGCUGUCAUUUUUGUAGCCAAUCAAAAAACUUUGUCUUCUGAAGUCAAAAGUGUCAUAAAACAGCAACUGGAAAAUGUAGCCAAUGGCUGGACAGUUUACAGAAUUGCUCGGCAGGCAUCGAGAAUGGGAAACCAUGAUAUGGCUGGAGAUCUUUACCAUGGCUUGUUGACACAGGUGGCAUCUGAACAUUUUUACUUUUGGAUAAACAGUUUGAAGGAAUUCUCGAGAGCAGAGCAAUGUCUGGCUGGCCUACAGGACAGUGAAUCUAGUGUCGCACUGGCCUGUAUUGCUGAAGCUUUAAAAUAUUACCAGAGGGGCAUAGCUUCAUUGACGGCUGCAAGCACACCUUCCAACCCCCUGACUUUUCAGUGUGAAUUUGUCAAACUGAGGAUUGACAUGCUGCAGGCCUUCUCCCAGUUGAUUUGUACCUGUAACAGCCUGAAGACCAGUCCUCCACCUGCCAUUGCCACAGCAAUUGCUAUGGCAUCUGGGAAUGAUUUACAGAGGUGUGGCCGCAUUACCAACCAGAUGAAGAUAUCAAUGGAAGAGUUCAGAAGUUUGGCAACACGCUACCAUGACCUUUAUCAGUCAUCCUUUGAUGCUGACUCUGCUACCUUGAGAAAUGUUGAGCUACAACAACAAAGUUGCCUACUGAUUUCCCACUCUAUUGAAGCUCUAAUCCUAGAUCCAGAUUCUGCUAGGCUGGACCAGGCAUAUCAAUAUUCUGUCUACAGUAUCAGAAUAGAUACUGAGUGGUUUUGGACAUGUGGGACAUUUCAUGAUCCCUCAAUUUCUUUACGUUUCCAAGAAUAUAGUUCUGGUGGGAAUGUGUAUGCUGAGAGCGAGUAUGAAAGAAGCAUGCUGUCUGUGUUUGCUCAGGUUCUUGAGGAUGUUGAGGCCCUCAACAGAAAGUACCCUCCAGUUUCCUACUUGCACACCAUGUGCCUUUGCCGAGCUAUUAUUUCCUUGCUGAAGGUCCCCUUAUCAUUUCAGAGAUAUUUCUUCCAAAAGCUUCAGUCUACCAGCAUCAAGCUGGCACUGUCACCCUCUCCUCGCACUCCCACUGAGCCAAUCACUGUACAGAAUAACCAGCAACUGGCCCUGAAAGUAGAAGGUGUUAUCCAGCAUGGCUCAAAGCCUGGAUUCUUUCGGAAAAUUCAGGCAGUUUGCCUAAAUGUUUCAUCUUCAUUGCAGACCAAGGGAGUACAGGAUUAUAAGGUACUGCCAGAGAAUAUGACGAAUGAAAUGGAGCAGCGGGUGGAGCCCCAUAAUGACUAUUUCAGCACUCAGUUCCUGUUGUGUUUUGUUGCACUUGGGAACCACAGUGUUACUGUUGAAGCAUCUGUUAUUGAUUCUAAUGGCAUCAUUUGGAAAACAGGACCCAAAACCACUAUUGCUAUCAAAUCCAUGGAGGAUCCAUUCUCUCAGCAGUUACGCCUGCAGCAGCAACAGCAAUCACAACAACAGUCACAGCUGCAAAGGAAUGCACUCUGCAGAUUUUAAUGAUGAAUCACUUCAACUUGGGAAAUGUGCUUUGUGAAUAUUUUGUAAGGUUUUUGGACUUGUAUCUCUUAAAUAUUACAUGACCAGCAUAACACUCAGUGAAGAAUAUUAGGGAUGUAAUUAUGCCUUCGAAUUCCCUAAUCUUGUAUUAAACAGUUUGUACUCUGGAUUAAUGUGUUCUUUUUUGCAAUCUUUAAGUUUCUACACCAGCCCUUUCUGCCUUGUCCAUCAUAAUAUAAACCAAAACUAUUCCUGUCACUUCCAGCGCUGCUCUUUGGAUUAGUGGCCCUUUCUGUUGAGCUAGAUUGCACACUAUUGUUCUCAACUCCCUACGUUAUAAGAGUACACAGUGAUUUAACUGGUUCUGUCAGAGCUGAGAUUCUUAGUAAAUCAGUUUUAUUCUGCCUUCCAGAAUCUAUCUAGGAACAUAUUUUAAACUUAUGUUUUUGAUAAAUUCUUUAUCCAUUGAUGUUGAUUUUGGAAGGUUUGUGAACUUGGAUCAAGCAAUAACUGAGUUAUGUGUCAAUCAUGCAACAACAUAAAAUUUGGAUCAACAAAAUUAAUGAAUGUCACAAACCCAACAAUUAUUAAAAGAGCCUUUGCUUCUUAUUCCUUAAUUCUCUUAACAAGCAAAGAUAUAUCAGUCUGUCUUGAAGAUUUCAAUUGGUUGAGCAUCCCACUGAGCCUUUUGGAGAAUAGAGCAGAAUGUCCCAGGUAUUCACUGCACUUUGUGUGAAAAUGUGCUUCCUGAUUUCACAAUUAUAAACUGAGUUGAAAGAGCCUGUCUCGACCAGUUCCAAGACCACUCUGGGUGCAAGUCUGAUUUCACGAGUUUCGCAAUUUAUUAAGAUUAUCACAGUAGAUACAAAAGAAUGCUACUUAAUAAGGCAAUAAAUUCAGUCAGUUCACAAUGGAACACCAGUUUGUGACUCUCUACCUGAAUGAGUGCUUGUUUCAUUUUUGACCGAACUCUGACUUCUCUCCUCAUUCUCCAUGGCUGACUGCUAAAAAUUGCUGCCAUUUAAUUCUUGCCAGCCACUUCUACUGUACAUAGUUAUUAAUAUUCCUGAGUUCUGAUUUGCUUGCCAGUGCAUGAGCAGCACAUCUCUGGUUAGCUAGGUGAUUUAUGGCCAAUUGGUUUCUUAAGGUGGUGGUCAUCUUAUUGAAACAAUUUCUCAUCUCCUGACUGGUUCCCUAAAAUGUCAAGUCACUUUGAAAGGACAAUAUUAUCUAGCU